CGAGGGAGUUUCAUCUGCUCCAAAGCCACCAGGAAGCCAUGAGGCACCGAUGCACAACAAGCCCCCGUGUUUCAGCACGAUUCAGAGAUCUACUUCAGUGAAAGGCGACGAAAACACCUGCUUUCUCUAAAUAAACUUCAUAGAGAUUAUUUGGAGGUUUAUUCUACUGUGAAGGAUUUAUUUUUCAUUGUUGGAGCCUUUGCUGAGGAGCUGAAUCACUCCUUUCGUUUAAAGGAAUGAAACUUUGUCAGAAAGGUUUUUUUUUCUGGGGUCAUCAAAGGCCGAAUGAAGCUCAGAUCCUGAUCUUAUUACCUGUUUUCUAGAUCUUGGGGAUUUGGGGAACCUUCCUGAAGCACAUCAUAGCAGCGUAUCACAGUCAUGGCGUACUGAUGGACACGUCAGUGGAAUAGAUAAGCUUUUCUCUGGAAGCCAGAGACUCUUCUUCUGCUCUCUCCAGGCGUCUCUCCAUCCUCUGUGAACUCAGGAGUUUAGCUGAAACAGACAAAGUUUGUCCUGCAGCUUGUUUCUCCUCCUCUGCUUUGCUCCCCCUCGCUGCGCCCCCUCUUCCUGUCUUCUCCAUCCUCCUGUCAGGCUGGCUGUGUGAUGGUGUGUCCCCUCCUCUCGGCCCUGAAGACAUGCCUGUACAGGAGAUGGCGGUGAGUCCUGUCAAGUCCCUGCAGUGGGAGCAGUUCCCGCCCAUGUCGCAGCGCCGUGUCUACUGCACUCCCGUCUACCAUGAGGGCCUGCUCUACGUGCUGGGGGGCUGCAGCGAGACGGGCUUACCCCUGGACAGCGUGGAAGUCCUGGACGUGGAGAGCCAGACGUGGAGCCAGCUGCCCCCGCUCCCCACUGCGCGGGCGGGGGCUUCGGCCGUGGCUCUGGGGGGGCAGGUGAUGGUGCUUGGAGGAAUGAAUCAGCAGCAGACCCCACUGGCCUCUGUGGAAAUGUACCACCCAGAUGAGGGCAAGUGGGAAACCAAGGCCAGCCUGGGUCAGCCCUCCAUGGGAGUCACCACUGUGGUCAGAGAUGGCAAGGUGUAUGCAGUGGGGGGUAUGGGAGUCGACACGACACCUCAGGCUUUUGUAAGAGUCUACGACGCAGAGAAAGAUCAGUGGCAGGCAACCACCGCCAUGCCGACGCCGCGCUACGGAGCUACACCCUUCGUGAUAGGAAACAGAAUCUACAUGAUGGGUGGUCGGCAGGGAAAGAUGCCAGUAACGGCACUGGAGGCUUUCGACCUGGAGAUGAAGAGCUGGACCCGGUUCACCUGCAUCCCCAGUCGGAGGGCUUUCUCCUGCUGCGCCGGGAAUGAGCGAAGCCUGUUCAGCCUGGGUGGGCUCCAGCAGCCGGGGCCUCACAAUUUCUACUCCCGACCUCACUUUGUGAGCACCAUGGAGGAGUUUGAUCUGGAUCAAGGUGUUUGGAUCAAGCCCAGCCGAACAUCCAGGAUGAGGGAAAAAAGGGCAGAUUUUGUGGCGGGUUGCCUUGGAGGAAGAGUCAUCGUAGCUGGUGGUCUAGGUAAUGAGCCAUCCCCGCUGGGCUCAGUGGAGAGCUACAACCCUGUGAAGCGGCGUUGGGAGUACGUAUCGCCCAUGCCCACUGCGCGAUGCUCUUCUGCUCUGCUGCAGACGGCCAGCAUCCUCUUCGUGAUCGGGGGAGUCGCCCAGGGACCCAGUAACGCUGUGGAGGCCCUCUGCUUACAGGAGACAGUGUGACGCUGGCCUUAAUGCAAACUGGCACCUGUUGUUUCCUUAUGAUGAGCAGAAACUGUAAAACAGGAGUGGGAUCAUAUUCAGAUACUCUCCUUUUGUGACGCUCCACAAUCAAAUCCACUCUCCUACUGGGAUGUCAAAGACUUCUUCAAUACGUGUCCUCAGAGGAAGGUUUUUUUAGAGCUGGACUCUGAUGCAGAUUACUGUGAUUGGCUACAAUAAAAAAAAAACUGCUAGCAUUUCUACUCCAUCAGAGGGAAGGAAACAACAACCCGACACAAUCCUGGUUUCUGGAGAAACAACACGGCUUGAACUGUUGAGUAUUUUUCAGAAUAAAAGCAGGGUAUUUUUCUGGAUACUAAAGGAACAUAGGGCCAUAUUUAAAACUCUCGGCAGCGGCGACGGUGCUGCCUUCUGCUGCGGCAGCAACAGCUGGAAACGACUCUUUUCUACAUCCUCAGAAGCAGCGCUUGGUUUAGGUUUGGAUGGUGGCAUUCAGAGAGCGUCUGAUGUUGCUGCUUUGUUCUGUAGGUCUGUUGUCAUUUUAGGUGUGAACCUUAGCGCUGCUAACAACCGCUACAUCAGCAGUGCUGGUCCCUGACAUGCCUUCACACCACAAGCAAGUCAAGGACCUGCCGUCAGGAAAACCUCCUCUCUCCCCAACAGGAGCCCCUCUUUAGUUCAACCUCAAUCAAGAAGGUGAUUGUGGGUAAACUUCUCAUUUACUUUGCCUCACAUUUCAGCAUUUCUAAACCACACUGUUCAAUCCCCCCAACGCACACACAACAGUACACCCCCAUACAAUGCAGCUCAGUGUGGAUUUUGCUCAUGGAGUGAAUGUAGAAGUACUUGCUGCACUGAAGCAUCAUGGUAAAUUAGCUUCCUAUCACAUGGAGAUCUUCUCCUCUGGAAUUACCAGAGUUUGCUUUACUAGAAACAUCAGCAUGAUGUCAGCCAGACGCUGGAUGUCCGGCUGACCGCAGCAGUAGAUGUACUUAGAAAACCCAGAGGCUCAAUCUGUAAAGGCCAGUGCAUGCACAGAUCCGAUUUUACGUCCGAUCUGACAGAAAACCGUGUCGGUGGAGGCCGUGGCGUUUGACGCUCAUUGAAAUUCAAUGGGGAUGAUCACACCCGACACGAUUUUAAGCAAUGUUGCUGCGUAGCUCCGACUGCGAUAGAACCCUAGGCUAUUUUCGUCUGACUAUGCAGCAAAUCAGCAACAAUUUCAUGGGUCUCACAGGAAGAGAGACGCAGUAACAAAGUAAAACACGUCUGCUUUGGCGGAAAAUGCUGAAUAAAAUCUGUUAAUCGCAAAGGGAAAGAGUCAGUUUGGAGUCGCAUGUCACGUAUAUAGUAAGAGGGACAGUCUGGUGCAAAAGAAAUGAAUGAAACAUUAAAAUAGAAACACUGGAAAAAAUCCAAAUCUAGAUGAGUCAUUUUUUCUUAAAAUAAGUGCAUUUGU